AUGAAUCAGAGUUUCGAUGAAGACGAGACUGGAGGCGAGGAAUCGCGGUCGAUGCCGCUGGAUAAAAGGCUAGAGACAGAGCUACGUAUUGUGGAGAAGCUGGGGAUCAACCGGGUGCUCAGUGUGCACAAUUUGGGGAGUAUUUUGGACGAGGAUGAGGCGAUGAUGCAGCGAGUUGAAGAUAUCAAGGCUCAAUUCCACGAGAAGGCCCGGACGCCAUUCAGCACUGAGGAGGACGUUGAUGAUAUAUACGAUGCGGAGGAACAUGCGGCCCGGAGCCAGCAGGUACGAGCGCAAUCAGAGGCGCAUGCGAAGGCGAUGCAGGGUCUGAAUAACAAGGCUGUGGUAAUGCCUCGAGAGGUGAUUCCACCGGAGAACUUCAGCCAUGUGUGCGGGGAGAUAUACAGGUCUAGUUUCCCCAGGCCGGAGAACUUUGAGUUUCUACGGGACCGGUUGAAGCUCCGGAGCAUUCUUGUGCUCAUUCCGGAGGAGUAUCCUGCGGAGAAUAUGCGGUUUAUGGAGGAGACUGGGAUCAAGUUGUUCCAGGUUGGAAUGAGCGGGAACAAAGAGCCGUUUGUGAAUAUACCGAGCGACUUGUUGACGAAAGCACUGGCCGUGGUGCUUGAUCCCUCGAACCACCCGAUAUUGAUCCAUUGCAACCGGGGCAAACACCGGACUGGGUGUCUUGUAGGGUGCAUUCGGAAGCUUCAGAACUGGUCAUUGACGAUGAUAUUUGACGAGUACCGGAGGUUUGCGUUCCCCAAGGUGCGAGCGUUGGACCAGCAGUUCAUCGAGUUGUACGAUGACCGGGAAAUCAUACGCCUGGCGCGGGAGCGCAACUGGCUCUCGGUGGAGUGGUAG